GGUGUUUCAGCGCUGGUUUCUGUAUGUUUUUGUUUCCGUAGGUGUCUGGUCGACGAAUUAUCAACGCUGCUCGUGGAAUUUUUCGCACAAAUAACGCAAUGUCGUCCGCCGCCGUUCAGCCACCGCCUCCCGUUCCACCCCCACCACCACCAGCAUCCGCUGCAGCUUCCGCAGGAAAAGGAAUUCAUUCCAAAUUGUACAAUGGAAUGAUUGGAGUUGCUGACAAAUUUGUGCCCGCCAAGAUGCGUCCACUCUGGCUACAUCCAGCUGGGCCCAAGACCAUCUUCUUUUGGGCACCCGUCUUCAAAUGGGGUCUUGUCAUUGCAGGAUUAAGUGACUUGGCCCGUCCGGCCGACACAAUCUCCGUGUCCGGAUGCGCCGCUCUGGCUGCCACGGGCAUCAUCUGGUCUCGCUACUCCCUGGUGAUCAUACCCAAAAACUACAGCCUUUUUGCCGUGAAUCUCUUCGUGGGCGUCACCCAGGUGGUGCAGCUGGCACGAGCCUACAACUACAAGAUGGAGCAGGAUAAGCUGGAGAAGGAGAACCCCAAGCUGGCACUGACCCAGUAGAGCCAUAUCGAAUCAGAACCCGGUGCUAUCCCCACCCGUAGAAAAUAAUAUCCCACAAGGGCACAAUGUAAUCGAGUAGUAGAUUUAAAGGAUACUGUGUUUGCAGAUCUGUGAUCUGUGUUUUAAAAUCUGCUAGCCGUUUUUUAAUAAUGGUUUAUCGCCUUAUCGACGUGAUUCGUAUUACUUAAGUUGGAACUGUGGAGGCUUCACGAAUAGUUUUUAUUAAUACGAGCAUUAUUGGACAUUUUGUGAUUGUCAACCAAUAAACAUUAAAUUAAGACUGUAAAUAAUAUCGAA